AUGCAGGCCCAACGAGCUCCUCCGCCCAGCGCAUCCGCCUCGCUCGCCGCCUCCAAGGCUUUCAUAAGGAAUGCCGAAUCCAAUGGCGACCUCUCGUCUGCUGCCGCCGCUGCCGCCCUGCGCACACACGUAACGACGCCGACUCCCGUGGGCGACACAAUCACGAAGCGCAUGGUGCGCCGCGGCUCACUAUCAUCAAAUGGCAGCUUCUCGAGACAACAGCCUGGUGCCCCCGGCCUGCGCAGACAGUCAAGCUCGGGAUCCAUGACAGAGCGCUCAUUUCGCGCACCAUCGCCCGGCAGAGGGAGCCCAGCUGAUACGAAUGCGCCGCCGGUCCCGCCUGUGCCAAAGGACAUGCAGCAGCAGGGCAGUGUCGUCCACCGACGUACCUCUAGCCUGGAGCCAACAUAUCGAGGAGGAUCACCAGCACCAACAGCAGGCAGAGGCAGAGGCGUCAGCUUAGAUAGGGGCGCCAACCCCGUGGGGAGAGGGCAACGGCCUGCUAGCCAUCUCGCUCAGGUGUCCGAGGAAGAGGAUGCGUCGCGAUCUGUAAACUUCUCCCGCCCAAUGUCUCCGGGCGCAAUAGGCACACGCCAGAACCCCUCGCCUCCCUCCAGCAAAGGAUGGUUCGGUGGCCCUGUCGUGAAUCAGGAUGCAGUCCAGCGCAUGGCUUCGAUAUCGCGACCCAAGACAUCCAGUGGCGUCUCUAGCUAUGACCUCCAGAACGCUCAACGCUCGGUCCAAAGUGCCGCUGAGCGUCCAGUGAAGACACAUCAGAUCUCACAGGGCGUCCAAGGCGCAAAACUGUCGAGUGGCAGCAUGCGCGCCAAGCCAUCUGGAUCUGCUGUACAAUCGCAAUCCUACCUGCCGCCGCGGGCUCCUCGACCCGUCGACCCUAACUCGCCAGACGCCAUCUACGAUCCUUCGACGCGCAAGUUCAUCCAUAAGCAGGAUGCCAUGGCCCGUCACCGGGAGCUACAUGAAGAGCCGGAGCCUGCGCGACAAUACGUGUCACAGCACGUGGACACCUUCCAUUCAGUCCACAUACCAGAAAACCAGAUGGGCCGUGGCUCACCCAGUCCGAUACGUCACUCUGUUCGACAGGAGCAACAAGCACCACAGAGACGAGAAGAGCCAACAAUUGCACCAUACGCACCCGAGCCGCAACUCAGCACAGCUACCGAAACAAGACACUCUGACGACUUCGUCGAUGCAGAUUUCUCACUCCAGGAGCAUGCAAACACCAGUCGCAAACUGGAAGACUCUGGCUAUGGCACCGUAGUUGGUCAUGAGGACGCGGUGAUUUCGCCCAAAUUUGCGCCGAACCAGGACAGCUCAUAUCCUCAUCUGGCCACUCCAGCCAAUUCGACACCUGCAGGCUCUGUUAGCGGCCACGGUCGUGGCCGUCUCCCCGACGCGCAUGACCGGAACGCUUCAUUGAGCCCACCACGUACUGCCCGUUUUGCGGCUGUACCCGUCGAACUUGCUGGGACCAAACAUGACCCGCUGCCGCGCUCAAUUUCCCCUGCAAAGUCUGUCUUGAAAAACUCGCCCUCGGUUUCGCGCCGCGGCGAAUCGCCAGUAGCAUCAAACGGGCGUCUCUCUGCUCGAUUUGCUCCAAGCGAAGCAUCUGACACUGCAUCUGAUGACGGGAUCAGGAAGAAGAAGAAAAAUGUCCGUGUUAGUUUCGAGGAAGACCCAGUGCUGCCAGGCAAAACUGCACAUGCUGAUGCAGAGGUGCCUUCUCACGGAGGUCUCGGUGCACCCAAAUGGAGUCCCAUAGCCGAGAAGGAAGAUGAGUUCGAAGACUUUAUGAAACCACGUGCUGCCCUGCCUGUGUUCGGUAGUAUACGCGAGAAGGAGCGACGACCACAGGAAAACAUGGCUGAAAAGGUUACUGAGACGUUUUCUACUUCAAACGCUUCCAGUGACACCGCGCUUGGGAACAUCGUCGCCGAGGAUUUCGCUCAGAAGCACGCAACGCACAGCAACCCUCUACCACCUGAGGUCACCACCGUCGAAGGGAGCGGCUAUGUGUCAGACUCGAGCGACUACUCAGACACGCAUAAGCCUAUGGAGGCUUCGCAACAGCCACCUGCUCCAGAGCCGAAAUCUCUUUCCGCGACGCGAGAGGAGACAUCGGCAACAGCAGCUCCAGUUACGGAACAGAUCGUUGAGGUACCCAACAUCGCCCUCCAGCCUGCCACCCCUAGCCCAUACGAGAGGUCUGAACCAGUGUAUCAGAGCAUGACGAUACCUGGGGGUUGGGACGAAGAUGUUGCUGGAACCGAGCAUAAGUCAGCCAGCCCGACUCCUAUUACGUCUGCGCCCGUUCCAGACUCAACAAGGCAACAGCCGCAGCCAACUACACAGGCGGAGGAAUAUGAUGAGACUACAGAUGACAACAGCAGCGUCUACAGCGACGCCUACGAAGAUCUUUCCGAUGGUGAAGGUUUCGGCAGCAUCAACGCCCUGGUGGAGAGGCCGGUAGUCGCGUCGUCGUCAGGCUUAAUGUCUUCAAAGUACGCCAAUGCAGAUGCCACAGACAAGCCUACCUCGAAGCUCCAGCUAGACACGACUGUGGAUGACAGGCGCGAUUCAGACACUACACCAACGCAAGACUGGAACGCUGCUCAACAGCAUUGGAGUGGUGUCAAUGCAUCUCUAAAGAAGCCGAACUCAGAACCAGAGCAGACUCAAGUGCCUCCCGAACGAGUGUCACAUGCCCAGGAAGUGAUCUCUCGGGUCAUGCAAGCCCCAGUCUCAGAGGAAAGGUCAGCACCGUCUGCUUCACGCGAGUAUACACCGGAUACCACACCAGAGCGCAAGAUUACUGCCGUGCCACCCCGAAGAACUACUCCACUGGCUGAUCAAUCACCGGCAAAACCUCUCAAGUCUGCCCUGAAGAAGAGUCCUGCACCACAGCCAGCGCGCCCAGCCGAACAACAAACCAGGACAACGCUGCGGACGGCGACGCCGAGGGAAGCUUCUUCUGAGACUCAUAUGAAGCGGACUAUGCGAGGAGGUCCAAACACGGCUUCACGAGCAGAACCGCAGAUGGGAUCAACUAUGCGAACGAGCAUGCGGGGACCCCCGGAUACAGCUUCUAGAGCGCAGCCUCAAAUGCGACAGAGUAUGCGUUCAGCGGAUGCCUCGCCAGCACCAAGCAUGGGUCUGGCAGCGUCACGACACAGCAUGGUACCUCUGGACACCAAGCCUCCCCGAGGUGCUCUCCAAAAGAGAAACAUCCCGCCUGCUGCCGCUACCAAGGGAAGGCCACAGAGCACACCUGCUGCAAAACAGGUGGCCGCACCAGCGCCCACAUACGACAGUGACUCCGAUGCUUCUGCGAGCAGUUUCCAACGCGAACGCGCCAGAAAGCGUGGAGGACGGGAGCAGGGUGGGCGAUACACAAUGCGCGGCUCAAUGAGACAAGAGCCUGCACCCACCAUGCGAGCAAGUGCUCCAGCACCAAAGCAAGUUCGUGCAAUCUCUCCUCCAGCGACACCAUCGUCCGCAAUGCGACGGUCUAUGCGGCCUUCUUCGCCAACGCCGGAACCCGUAAGGUCAUCCAAGUUCAGCAUUCGAUCAUUGUCACCAAUGGGCAGAUUCCGGAAAGGAUCUGAUGUUCGUCCUUCUUCGCCCACUCCGCCAAUGCCCGUCUUCAACAAGCCAACACAGCCACCUAAACCGUCUAAACCAUCAAAGCAAAAGGCACCGCCUGCCAAGGCCUCAAAAGCUGCGUUUAAGAGUCGUUUCGCUGAUUCAAGCGACGAAGAUGACGAUGCUCGACCGACUCGUUUCCAAAGUCGAUUCGACGACUCGGACGAUGAUGAGCCCGCCGACUACACCCUGCCUCCAGGUCUGGCCCCAGUACGAGGGAUCCCUAGAAAAGCGGGCGAAGAGGAUGGCGACUCUACUGAUCUAGAGGAAGAAGCGGAUGAUGAGCCGUCGAAUGUUGGUCUUAAAGCCGCCCCAGUGACGAACGGCAUGAAUGGCAACGCGGGCACACAAGGUGCAGCCCUAUCCGCUGGCUCUUUACGCGACAGCAAGCAUGCGCCUUUACCCUCGUCCGAAGCUGCCGGCAAGACCAAGCAGAAACGUGGCUUCUUCGGUCUAGGGAAGAAGAAGACUACUGCCCAGCCAGAAGCCGUUCAGGCACAAACCGAGGUUGUGCAACACGUUCCAGCACCUGAUGAAAUUCCCAUGCCACCGACGCAACGCAAUCGCGACAUGACACACCCUAUGACGCCCAUCGACGAGGACAAGAAAUUCGGCGACACAAGACCCAUGUCUCCUCGAUCGCCUAAGCUACAACGUCGAAAGACCCCGGAAUGGCCACUUCAGCCCCCACCCACCAUUGGCACUGACGAUCGCCCGAUGAGUUCAGAUGGUGUCGCACCCCGUAGGCCGCGCUUCGCCAACCGGCAGUCUAGCGCCGUGUCCAACGUUUCGGCGCCGAUUGUAGACGCACAGGGCCGUUCCGUUUCCUACGGCAGGAGCGGAAAGAAGAAGAAGUUCCAGGGCCUAAGGCGGGUCUUUGGACUGAAUGACUGA